AUGUACUCUAAAAGUGUUAUCGUCUUUUUGGCCCUUGUUGCUGCCGCGUUUGCUUGUGACACUAAAUGGCCAAAUGGGACUGACACCAAAGUUAGCUGGUACCAAUGCAAUAAUGGUCCCAUAGCCUUCUUCAAUGUCACUCCAUUUGAUGCAGAUGGUAGAAGCCUAAUUAACAUUUUCCAAUUCUCCCAUUCAAAACUGCGCAACUACGAGUACCCUGUUCAUCUAAGCAAGCCACUGAUCAUCAAAGCUGACAUCAAUAAUCCAAAAACCACUUACGGAUCUCCAGCUCUCAAACAAACCACAAACAUCUGGAGUUGGUCCUCUAGCUGCAGCUGGAGCUCAGUGCCCACAUUUGGCAUGUUAAAAAAUCUGGACGCGUGCACCAAUGGCAUUCCGUGUCCUAUCAAAACUGGUCGCCAGUAUCUGAACAUUUUGAACGAUUUCUCACCCUAC